AUGCUGUCCAAAGGCUUUAAAUAUUCGCGGUUGGACGAUGACGAUGUUGGGGACUCGAGCGAGGAGCCGGUCUCGAUCCGUGUGCCGAUCAAUGGCAUGACGUGUCAGUCGUGUGUCAGAAAUAUCGAAGGAUCCGUCGGAGAGCUGCCCGGAGUGCGACACGUCAAAGUGGAGUUAUCAGAAAAGGCCGGUUAUUUCAGAUAUGACCCUCGCGAGUGUACGGCGAGUGUUAUCCGGUCGCACAUAGAAGAUAUGGGCUUCGAAGUGCCCUUCGAAGUGGACACGGAGGACGAGACCAAAAAUCUCCUUGAACGCGAGAUACCAACAGAUUUAUUAAUCGACAUGAGUGGCGCCGGCUCUGACGAGAGUUCCCUCUUGCUAGCCGUCACGGGAAUGACGUGUCAGUCAUGCGUCGACACCAUACAGGGUAGCCUAUCGGAAAUGCCGGGAAUCCUCCACAACGCCGUGAGUUUGGCUGACAAUUCGGCCUCGGUUCGAUUCUCGCGCGAAGCAAUAACGCCAAGACAAAUCGCAGACGCCGUCUAUUCGCUCGGGUUCGACGUGGAUAUUAUAAGCGUAGAUGGAAAACCGUUGAGUGAAAGUACUCACGAGCGAGCUUUCGGUGAUGGUGAUCUGUCUCCAAAGGUCAACGGAGCACCGGCCAAUGGGACAGUGGCCACAGCGACGGAGGAGAUAUCUCGUUGCACGCUGGAAGUCAGGGGCAUGACGUGCGCCUCCUGCGUGGCCGCCAUCGAGAAACAUUGCUCCAAGUUAAACGGCGUUCACUCCGUAGUGAUAGCCCUCUUGGCCGCGAAGGCGGAGGUGAGGUUCGAACCGAACGUGAUUCCGGCCGCGUCCAUAGCGCAGUCCAUCACGGAGCUGGGCUUCCCCGCCGAAGUGGUAGGCGAGAGCGGCGCGCCGAGGGAUCUGACGCUUCUGAUAAAAGGGAUGACGUGUGCCUCGUGCGUGAACAAGAUCGAGAAGCGGCUGCUCAAGCUCGACGGAGUCGUGUCUUGCGUCGUCGCUCUCACCACCUCCAAAGGCAAAGUGAAGUACGACCCCGAAGCGAUCGGCGCCCGCAAGAUCUGCGACGCCGUCAACGGCCUCGGGUUCGAAGCCAGCCUCGUCACCUCCGGCAUCAGGAAUAGCGGGAACUACCUGGAACACAAAGAGGAAAUAAGAAAAUGGCGCACGGCCUUCCUGAUCUCGCUGAUAUUCGGAGCGCCGUGCAUGGCGGCCAUGGUGUACUUCAUGUGGCACAUGGGCGAGGGCCACGACGCCCGGGACAUGUGCUGCGUCCUUCCCGGCCUCAGCCUCGAAAACCUCAUCAUGUGGGCGUUGGCCACGCCCGUCCAGUUCAUCGGCGGCUGGCACUUCUACAAGCAAGCUUACAAGGCCCUCAGACACGGCACCUCCAACAUGGACGUCCUCAUCUCCAUGACCACUACCAUCAGUUACGCGUACUCGUUGGCCGUGGUCAUCGCGGCGAUGGUCAUGCGGACGGACACCAGUCCCUUGACUUUCUUCGACACUCCGCCCAUGUUGCUGGUCUUCGUGUCCCUGGGACGGUGGCUGGAGCACAUCGCGAAGGGCAAGACCUCCGAGGCGCUAUCGAAGCUGCUGUCCCUGAAGGCGACGGAGGCGGUGCUCGUGACGCUGGACGGCGAGGGUCGAGAGAUCUCGGAGAAGAGCAUCCCCGUCGAGCUGGUGGAGAGAGGAGACGUGUUGAAGGUGCUCCCGGGCGCCAAGAUCCCCGUAGACGGCAAAGUGAUGUCAGGGCAGAGCACGUGCGACGAGUCCCUCAUCACCGGGGAGUCCAUGCCCGUCGCGAAGACCAAAGAUUCGCUAGUGAUAGGCGGAAGCAUCAACCAGCACGGAGCCCUCCUGAUGCGCGCCACCCACACCGGGGAGGCGUCCACUCUCGCGCAGAUCGUGCGACUCGUGGAAGAGGCCCAGAGCAGCAAGGCGCCCGUGCAGAGGCUGGCCGACACCAUCGCGGGAUACUUCGUGCCGAUAGUGGUCUUCCUGUCCCUUCUCACCCUGGUCUGCUGGAUGAUCACGGGCGCGCUGGACAUCGACAAGAUCAAAAAGAUCACACCGGAAAUUUACCGCACCUUCUCCGAUUGGGAACUGAUAGUGCAGACCUCGUUCCACUUCGCUCUGUCCGUUCUGGCCAUAGCGUGCCCGUGCGCGCUCGGGCUGGCCACGCCCACCGCCGUCAUGGUCGCCACGGGCGUCGGGGCCAAGUUGGGCCUGCUCAUAAAGGGGGCUGAACCCUUAGAGAACGCUCACAAAGUCAAAACGGUGAUAUUCGACAAGACGGGGACCAUCACCCGCGGCAGUACCACCGUGGCGAGGGUUUCGCUGCUCACGGGCGAAGCCAACUCCCUUCAAGACAUUCUCGCCUGUAUUCUUACCGCGGAACUGAACUCCGAACACCCCGUGGCCUCCGCCAUAGUCCGGUGGUGCACGGCGGUCCUCGGUUCGUCGGAUCGAGCGCAAUGCAGCGGCUUCACUGCGGCACCCGGCUGCGGCCUCAGGGCCAAACUCACGCUGCGCACGCGCGACAAUUUCCCACGACUCGAUAUCGGGGCUGAAAGAUUGCAAACCAGAGAAGGCUCGUCGUUCCAACUUCGGGGUGUUCCCGUGGACAUGAUAGAGGGCGAUGGCGAUUCGGCCCUCAGUUCUGCGCAGGCGGCGCACCGGCUGAACGCUAUCAUCCACAAUGGCAACGAUCAGGACGCGGAACAAAUAGUUCUGAUCGGCAACCGAGAGUGGAUGCAUCGCAACGGAGUGUCCGUCCCGAGGAGAGUUCAGCGAGUGCUCAGAGACGACGAGGAGUUGGGUCGGACCGCCGUCCUCGUCGCCAUCAACGACCAGCUGGUCUGCACGAUCGGCGUGGCGGACGAAGUGAAACCGGAGGCCCAUCUGGCGGUCUACUGCCUCAAGAAGAUGGGUCUAGAGGUGUGCCUGCUCACCGGAGACAACAGGAAAACCGCCGUGGCCAUCGCGAGACAGGUCGGAAUAACCAAGGUGUACGCCGAAGUGUUGCCCUCGCACAAAGUGGCCAAGAUCCAGAAACUGCAGGAGAAGGGCCAGAAGGUGGCCAUGGUCGGAGACGGCGUGAACGAUUCUCCCGCGCUGGCGCAAGCGGACGUGGGCAUCGCCAUCGCCUCGGGGACGGACGUCGCCGUCGAGGCCGCGGACCUCGUGCUCAUGAGGAACGACCUGCUGGACGUGGUGGCGUGCCUCGAGCUGUCUCGGACGACCGUCCGACGGAUCCGGCUCAACUUCGUGUUCGCGUCCGUCUACAACUUGCUGGGAAUACCUCUGGCCAGCGGCGCCUUCGCGCUCUUCGGCCUUCAGCUGCAGCCGUGGAUGGCGUCGGCGGCGAUGGCCAUGAGCUCGGUGUCCGUCGUCUGCUCCAGCCUAAUGCUCAAGACUUUCAGAAAAGCCAAAGCGGAGGAUCUCCGAACGACGGAGUAUCUCCAGUCGAUACAUCUGGAGCGAUUGGACUCCGUGUCCGUGCAUCGCGGCCUGGACGACAAAAUAUACCCGGACAGCCGCGCCUCACCGCUCGCUAAAUUAUUUCAAAGAAACAAGCCGAGUGAGGGUUGCCUCUUGCGAGAGGAGGACGACCUCAUGACCGUCUCUUUCAUACCCAAACGACCGACGCGAGAACAGCCCGGCGUCAACGGAUAA